AUUUCAAUCAAAUACAAUAUGGCAACUGUCUGACAGACUUUCGAUAAAAAGUUACUCGAAAAAUGAUUAAAUUACAUAGUUUUUAGAAUUAAUUAUAGGAACAAUAACAACCUUAGUAUUAUGGAGACCGAACGGCCGGAGCACCAAGGCUCCGAUUUUCUUGGUAUGCCUCAACCGGGACAAAUCGCUUAUGCGAACAUCAGCAAUAGCAACAGCAAUUUCACCACCGGUGACAUUGUUAUCGAUUCCAGUAUGGCAUGGCUCUUAGGGUCAUUAUUCACAUCGAUGCUCUGGAUCACAUACAUCACAUUCUACAAUUCCCGGGUGGUCGGCUACUUUUGCACCAAAAUCAUCAAUCGAUUUUCGUCGAAAGGAGUCUGCUUCAAGAUCGGCUCGUUGACCAUCAAUCCGAUAGCUGGAAAGAUUAUGUUUCGUGACAUUGUGUUCGUGUGCUUCGACUAUUCGUUUCGAGUGUUGGACGGAUAUUUCAUAUUUCGCUGGUGGCGAACGUACGUUCCGAAAGAUGUGUCCGAAGAUCUAUCGCAUUCAGACACUCGACUGUCGGUCAUGUUGAAUGGAUUAGAGGUGCAUGUUUAUAACCGAUCGGAGAUGUACGCGAAGCUGGAACGAACAUUCGGACUGAAGCCAUCCAUCCUAGUACCGACUGAAAAUAUGACUGCCGAUGAGUGUGCGAAGCUGCGCGAAAUGGAACUGAAUUUAGAAAACGAGCGCAAGAACAGCUACUGCGGCAAAAAGAAAAAAGUCAAACCGGAGGCAAUGGCCGCAACAACUUGGAGAGACUUGAUUCCAGUCAUCAAAAUAGAUAUUUGUACCGGACGAUUUGUGUUCGGCAAUCGAUUAACGCCGACCACACUGUCAAUUUGCGUGGAAGAGGCUCAUUGUGUGUACAGUACCAAGCCGGCCGUUUCCCGUUUAGAUUGCUUUAUGCAUUUUAUAAAAGCAAAGGCCGACAAUGCCAAAAUAUUGCUUGCCCCAUCGCCGAAAUACACGGGCCUAGUUGACGAUCCACCCAGAUACAUGGGCGAGGGAUUCGUUGUUAUGAUGUCGAAUCUUGUCGAAUUGUACUUCUACAUGGAUGAGCCAGGUAUCGUACCGCAGGAGCCACAAGUGCAGACAUUGGCUAAUGGCGAUGUGGUCGAAGCUGCACCGCCCGUGUGGGGAAUCGAUCUGAAGUGUGGCAAAGGGACAGAUUUCAGUUAUGGUCCAUGGGCGAGUAGGCAACUAACCGAUCAUUUGUACAAAUUUUUCUUCCCACCGGAUUGGCAAACGAUGUUGGUGACGCAACCACCGCAGCCGGGUGAAAAACGCGAAUAUCAAUCGUUUGAGAUCAGUUUAAGCACGCUGAACGAGGCCACAAUUGAUGUGCUGUUCUCCAAGAAUAAGGAAACGAAUGCCAUGCAUGUUACCAUUGGACCAGGUUCGUAUUUGGAGGUGACCAUGCCGUGGAUAACACUUCAGGACGGUUAUUCGACGAAAGUGUCCGGUCAGUUGUUGCAUGUCGAGGCCACAACAAGUCUGCAAUACCGCAGUCUUGCCAAAUGCGAAACGUUAGAAUUUAAAGUGAGAGUUCACUAUCCCAUCCGUUGGAACGAUCACCAGGAAUGGAAUAUCAAUUUGACUGGCUGCAAAGCCACCGCCUACAUAGUCUACGCUCAUAAACAGUUCUUUCAAGAUCUCGUCGAAGAUUGGGGAUCGAAGGCCAGACCGGACAUCCUAAGCUUCGUGCCGUACACAUGGAAAUUCGGAAUUUUACUCAAAGAAUUCGAGAUACUGACAUUGUGCAACGAAUUCAAUUGGAUUGACUGUUCCAGUACGAAUCAGGAGAACAAUCAUUUGGCCUUCUGCGGGGAUUUGUUUGACCUCAGCUUUGCCCUACCGUUCGAUGACUUCUUGCCACAAACGGUGCCGUUACGGUUUUGGAUUCAUGGCGAAGGUCUGGAUCUGAGUUUAUAUUUACCGGAAAUCGCUACAACGCGUCCGGUUGUCCUGGCGAUGGAUGAAAAUUUACGAAUUUUGACACGCGACGGACAGGUGAAGAAACGCAGUGAAAUGGUGUCGAAGAAAUGGCGAAAGGAUUGUCAACGAAGUCAAGGCUGGAUAGAUUGCUGGAGCGUUCCCAUCGUUGCAUUGUCGAUUCAAUACACUUACCAUCCAAUGCCGCCGUUGGGUCCAGAUCCCCAAGCUGACAUAACAACACCCGAGAAGGAAGAACUUCUUUUGUCCCCGAUGCGAAUUCCGAUUCCUAAGAUAAAAUCGCCGGCCAUCAAAUGGAAUCAGUCCGACGGUCAACAGUUCGAUCCAUCAACGCUCCCGCCCGACAAAGUUAGCGUUGACAUUGAAAUCGGCUCAUCGAUUCUGUUGGCGUACGGCACAGUAUUACGAAACUUCAUCAAUUUGAAGGAGAACAUUUUCGGCGAAGAUCAGGCAUUCACCGACAUGGGAACGUCGAACACGAAAAGCAACGUGAACAGUAUGACCCAACUGCAAACGAAAAUACAAAAUUUAUCAGCCAAAGAAGAAACUGCCAAAUCCAUUUCGGAGGUGAGUCUGACCACCGAAGAGAAACCGAAGAUUCCGUUCGAUCCUCGACUGUACCGUCCGUUGGAAGUGAUUGUGUCGCUGACGAUACACGAUAUUCAAGCGCAUUUAGUUAAGAAUUGCAAUGAAAACGAUCCACCAUGUCCAGUCGUACUCAUCGAGCGGUUGGGAUUCGAGAUGAAGAAACGAUUUUUCGAAACCGAGCUGCAGAUACUGGUCAGUCCUUCAUUUCUAAUAUCAUCCGACAAUGUUGUACGUCCGAAUAAAGACAAGCAUCUGAAACAAGGCCAUCUGCUGCUGAGUGCAGUACAGGUUCGAGGCCACGCAAUGUUCAGCAAUGACGGAAGGUCAUUGGAUGAAGAAACGCUAGAGUACGCUUGGAUGUUGGAGGUACAACUGGGCAAGUUGUCUGGCAAGAUUACCAUUCCUCAGCUGUGUCACGUAGUGACCGGUCUGGAAACGUUAUUGACGCUAGCAAUUGAUGCCGAGAACGAAUUACGACCACCGAAACCGUUACGCUACUGUCACCAUGGCGUGCCAUCACAUUUAUGUUCCCAUUCGAAGGAUGAAAUGAAGUACAGAUGUCCAUCGUCGGAAGAUAUAAAAUAUCGCAUGACCAGAGUGGCAAUCGAUGCCAUCGAUUUGUACUUGAUCGAAAGUGGCACUGCUCUGCAUACGUGGGUCUCACCGAUUCGUGUUUCCACCUGCAAUCUGCAUGGACAAAAAGUCAAGUCGGGAGUAACGUGUCUGGUGUCCACGGUGUUAUUGCGACAUUUUAUUUCGACUAGCGGUCAUUUUACUCCGGGCAGUGGCACCGCCGUCAAUUCGUACAGCAACACCAAUACGACGGGCAGUGGACGAUCGGCCAAAUUGCAGCAUCAGAACUCGAAAUCCGACGAGAAAAAGGAGGAUUUGAAUGUGCUCUUCAAGCGGGACGACGGUAAUGCCAUCAAAUUCAAACGAGAGUCGGACUACGGAACGUAUCGACGUGGUUCCAAAGACAAGGAUGAUGUGCACAAUUUCCGUCGGUCGCGAGAAAGUGACUUCCAUCAUCGACGCGAUGACAUCUAUUCGUCCAUCUAUUCGUCGAAUCGUGAGAAAAAUCGGGAAAUUGAUACCGAACCAUGGCUGGAAGUGGGAUGUGUUUCACUCGGCCCAAUUAUUGUGGAAUCAGCUUCGGCAUUACCGAUACCUGAGCACUGUCUGCACUUGGUGCAGCAUAAUUACUUGAAAACGCAUGACAAACGAGCCAAGCGUUUAUGGUUCCUUUGGUCCGCGGAGGGAACUCGUUGCGGUUGUACUGGCGGCUCCGCUUUUUUCGGCAGCAAUAACAAUGGACCAAAAUUUUUCAAACCGUCCGCUCAGGAUGUCCAAGACGGCAUCAACAUUGCACGCUAUCAAAUUCACAGUCAUUCCAAGGAAUACGGAUUCGGUCAGAGUCUACUACAUGAAGGGCAGCUCGUAUUUCACACACCGCCAUACAGUUUGCAACCAGUUUCGUUACAGGAAGGCCAUGAAAGCUUUGGCAAGGCGAACAUACGAAUUUCCAAGCCAGAUAUCGAACAGAAAUCUCCACUUUCUCACCACAAACAUUUUGACCAGUCACCGAAACCCAGAGAUAAUGGGUCUCCCAGCACGCUGGACAGGAAAAAUAGACGAUUCUCGUAUGCUAAUUCAAGGCAAAACAUAUCCACAACCGCAAAUGAAGUGCCUUACGCUCGAUUAUUGGAUAGUCCUUCACGUGUGGGCAAGGGUAAAGAUCAACUUGAUGCAAAGGUAUCACCGACCCCAUCGAUGAAACACGAUUAUGGCUCAUCGACGCCGAAAGCACUGAGAAUUCCUGCUCCAAAAACCAGCUCGUCAGACUCAAAAUUGACUGUUGACUAUUUCCAAGGCAGUGAACAUUCAUUACAAUUGCCGGAGGAAAUGUCUCACUCAGCUCCGCAACCACACCCCCUAGAAUCCGAUUCAGAGUCAUCACUCAGUCCGAAGAUUAUGUCGGAAGAAGAAAUAACGCGGGAGGUUCAGCGGACAAUCUCAUUAACAUCGGAAAACCCGUCCGAGGCAUUUUUCUCAGCCGACGAGGAUCUACAUACAUCUAGAAGUUCUAGUUUACGUACAACCACCGAUCGAUUACCUAACAUACCAAAGAAACGAUUUGCGUCGGAUUUGAGCAUUGGGGCACAGGCAGCGCUAGACGGUAAAUUGUCGUCUCAUCGCAGUGACUACGAAAUCCACUCCCCCGAACACCGUAGCAUUCCGAAACGUCCGCAGAGUACAGCUGAGUUGAAUGAGGAUGAUCGACGAAUUCAUGGUCUUGCUACUCCGUUACGGAAAAUGUGUAGCAUUUCACCAAGACCAGAGUUCAGACAUUUUAAGCCAAUUUAUGCUGAAUCCCAAGAAUCAUCCUCCGGAUCACCAUCACUAUCGUCCAAUUCGUUCAUAUCAGCGAUGUCAUCACAAGAAGACAUAACAUUAGUUAAUCUGCAUAUGCAAGUCAACAAGCCGAUAGUCGACUCACCGUUGUUGAUGGCCUCUUAUGUGACCCAUCUAGCACAGUUACGUUGUGCUAAUUGGUCACAUUGCUGUAUGCCAUUCGGAGCUGAUGCAUUUUCCACGCCAUUGUUUCAACAAAAUGAUGAUGGUGGAUUGGUUUACAUUGGCUCAAAGCUGGUGCCACACUUUGAUACGUAUUCCAAUUGGCGAGAAGUUCGUAUUGUUUCGAGAUCGGACUCCAACGGAUCCGGUAGUAGUUCAUCAAUCGGUCUGAGCACUGUUCCAAAGUCACAUCCAUGGGAUCCGAGCGUUAUGUUACGGCACUCAGACAACGUCAAAGAUGAAGUUGACAACGAAUUCAUGAGCACUCAAAGUGAUACGGCAACACGAAAUUCUGUGAUAAUUCGAUUGAAAGGUCAUGUAGAAGUUAUGCUCACACCAUUGCUGCUUGAGGGAUUACAAAGAAUGAUUGAAAUAAUCGUGCCGACAUUUGCGACAAUGCAUCCAUUAACCGUUGUCAAUUACCUACACUCGUCAUGCAUCAGUAAAGUGGAAGCUGCAAAUAUUUUGAAACGCGAUCAGUCACUCAGUUAUUGGUCUCAGGUGCAUUCCAAUUCGAAGCGUUCAACAGCUGAACGUAAUUUACAAGGACCGGGUGGUGGGGCUAUAUUGACUGAUGUCUAUGAAGAAAGUCUGUCGACACAAAUUCAAGGAAUGGUUGUGAUUCAACGGAUUAAUGUUUCGUUGAUACAAAGUUCAGUUGUCGAGGAAGUGAUCUCAUUUGCUGCUUUGGAUAAUGUUCAGGAUUUAAGUUGUGCGUCGCUGUUGGCGGUCAGUUUUGAAGGUAUCACAUCCAAGUUCCAUUUGGGAAAGACUACGAAAGCAUCGAUGCAUACAGUUUACACACAGCCGACCGUUCGAUCAAGUGGUUUGAAAAAAGGUCGAAUAAUGAAGGGAACGCGUGCGCUUCUAUCACACUUGUCAUCGCAAUCGAGAGCCGACAAUAUACCUGGCGAGCCCAUUCUGAUUGAAACAUCAGAAAAGCAACAAGAAGAACUUGUUAUCACGCUUGACAUUGCAAAAACCCAUUCGCAGCUUCGUCGUUUGAAGAAUGAGGGAUGUGCACAGCAGGACUCGCAAAUAAUUGUGACUGCCAUUCCUGCCAAUAAGACUCGGGCUAUGUUUGAAUGUAUUAAGUUUCCGGAACCGGGAAUGGAUGCAACGACAUUGGGCUAUGUCAUGUUCGAAUGUGGCCUUGAGGGAAUCAGCACGAAAAUAGUCAAAAGGUCACAAUUUGAGAAAUCCGAAAAUGCUGGCAGCAACACCAUAAAAACAACCCACGAGACCGACAUAUCGAAUAUUGAUAUCAGUCAAUUGACCGUCCAUAAUGAAGCUGGGGUUUCAGCAUUUGAAACUAGUAGCGUGACUAAAGUCAACGAAACGACAUCAAGAUUCUCCGUCAAGAAACCAAGUACCCCAAAACCGUUAACUCCAAGGGAAAAGUUACAGUCCAGCUCGAGUAAAGAAGCCAAAGAUAAAGACACUCACAGUAAAGGUAACACUUGCGUUCGUUUAGUUCAGUCCACAAUUUCUUUGCUUUUUGACGAUUGGUUUUCAGAAAACAAAAUUAAAUUUACCCUCAAACCGACCGAUCAAGACGACAAGGAUGUUAAGGAUGCUGGUGGUAGUACAACCAACACGGCCAAUCCACCACCAUCUGGAACCGCUUCAAACAACGGCGUUGUUGCCGUAUCGAACAACAACGGCCGCGUUUCGUCGUGUGUAAUUGAACUGAAAACAGUUUGGUUCAAUUUUGCUGCACCACCCAGAGCUCCGAUAACCCGAAAAAUCGAUUUCACUCGCUUGGACUGGAAUCUUCUUAGCACUGCAUCGCCAGCCAUUACUGCAUGGAUGAAUCCGAGCAAUCGUUUCGCAAUCAAAUUGGUUGCUAUGAGGAAGACAUGGCAUUUACGGCGAACAGCCGUUGCUGCUUGUUUGAUGGCCGAUGGUUUGGAAGUGCAGGGAAUUCAAAAGCAUGUGAAGAGUCGUUACUCUGGCAAGUUUACGCCGCUUGCCAAAACGUUACAAGAAGAUCCUAGUUGUCAGCUGUGUACGAUGAUGCAGAAACUGGUAAUCCAGGAAACGGCCGGCAGUAUUGAGAGUGUACUGAAACAACAAGAUCUGCCUGCAUUGACGACACUGCGACAGGGCGUCAUUGUUUUGAGCAGACAGUGGAAGAAUAUGCUGUACAAUCCGAUGUUGUUUGAACAUCAAUACAAGAACAAGUUAAAUCGUCCAAUCAAUGUCCAAUUUGCGGUUCAAGUUGACGAGGACGAUGAUGAUGCUGAUCCGGAUACAUUUAAUGUCACUGCAGUUGAAAAUCAUCCGUUGAUAAACGAUUGUGAACAAAGUGAGCGUACAAUGUUGUUAGGAAAUGGGGCACCUGCGUAUGACGUAAUAAAGUUGCCCGAGAAUCCCGUCGACCAUUUGAUGGACUCGAAAUUGAGUUAUUCGAACAACACAUCACCAAUGCUGAGCUCGAUUCGGUCAAGAAAGAAACCGAGGGCACCGCCAGCCCAUUCGUCCCGAUCAAGCAUUCAAAUGUUUCCAAUAAUUUCCGGAUUGGUUGAAAAACAAAACCUAGGAAUCGAAUAUGGUGCACUGCAAGAUGGAUCGAUACCAUCCUACUACAGCUCAACGAAUUCAUUGAACAAAAACUGGUCGCCACCUCCAAACUCUGGCGGCAAUCAGGAAUACAAGGAAGAUCUGUACUCGUGGAUGGCCAAAGCUCAUAGUCAAACACAAAAAGAAUCGAAGCACGAAAGUCAUGCCCAUGGCGAAAUGAAGCGUCCCAUCUCACCGCCACGUCCCACCGUCAAUGGCAUCAUGCAGGAAUCUGUUCGCCUAUUGGAUGCUCACUUGAUAUUCGAGCCAAUUCUAACUUGUCUCGGUGUCAUGCCCAAUAAUAUAUCGAAUUCAGACGUAUCAUCGUUGGAUAGUUUAGGAACGAAUUUAUCUUUAGUCGGAUCAUUUGAUGUGAUGCGAAUUGAUAUAGUGGUUAGUGAAGGCUGUGAAAAGAAAUUGAAAACUCGAACCGGUCGGAAGGGCAAUGGAAAAUUUUCGUUAACAAUGCCCGAAGAGACACCGGCAUUUUUGUGCGAACGAGUUGGUGUUGAAUUAGAAGUUAUGAAAAUGACUGAUGGCUUUCCGGAGGAUGCAAAACCCAAUGUCCCCUAUCUAUCCCGGGGACAGUUGAAGAAGCACAUCAGCACAGUCGUUAAUUUUAGUUUGAAUAUUAGAUACAUAUCGCAACAGGUCAAUAUGCCGCUGCUUCGCUUGUUGCAUCAGAUAACCAAUAUGUACCAGAAUGUAAAGGAAGCCCAGAAUGAAUUACGCGAACAGCCCGGCAACAACAAACGCAUUGUGCCGCUGAAAGAUGAGUCCAGCCUUGCGUCAGAAGUGAACGAUCCGACUCUAAUCGGAUCCAUACCCGAUGCAGCUAAUCUCGACGAGCAGUACGAUAAAUUCAAUGAAUCUUAUCAAAUUGGUCAUUCGGUGAGUCGGACAAGAAUGCCCACACUCGGACCACUCAUUCCAUUAACGCCGUCGCCGAGCGCACGCAAUCGGCCUCAAAGUUUUGCUCAAAAAUUGAAAUCAACAAGCAAAUCAGUUAAAGGCAAAUUGGGCUACACCAAUUUAACGGAAACUGUAUCGACACCCAUCAAGAAGAGUCCAUCCUCGUCCACAUUUGAACAUCCAAUUCAAUUACAGAAAAGCUCGUCGGAUCAUAAAAAUUCCAUCACCGGCGUUUCGAGUCUGUAUGAUUACGGCGGUCACCGAACGUCACUGUCGAAUAUCACAACGACAGUAGUGGUCAGAAAUGCACCAGCCUCUUGUUGGAAAACCAUGUACCACUUGCUCGAUUUGUAUGCUACGAUGCCUGAAACAAAAACGGUGUCUCAACGAAUAUCUGCUUCACCGGAAGCUGUCGAGAAAAACGUAAAGAAGCAAUUAAUUGGCCAAAAUGAUGGUAAAAUACCAAGAAAUCGCGAAGAGGACGACGAAUCUACACCGAUUCCACCCGCUGAUGUGAUAGCUCCAGAGAGGAGUAGACUGGUUGUGUUCGGUGUGGCUAAAAUCCAGAAGACCCGGUUGUUAGCUACACUAAGUGGACUGAAGUUGGAAGCGGAAAUCGGAUCUUUGCAUAGCAGUGCAACGUGGAGAAAAAAGUCCAAAGCAGCGCUGGAAGCCUCUCAUACUGGCCAAGUUGGUCGGGCUAUGAUCGUACUACUGGAAGGAGUGGCUCCAAGUCAACAAACUGUUGUCAAAGUAACCGUCGGAAAGAGCCAGACAUUGUACUCCAGUGCCUCUCGACGCGGAAAAGACAAAAACAGUGGCCUUUUAUCGAUCGGUCCAGUCAUGGUUGAUAUUCCUCAACACCCGGUGGCACUUCACGGAAUGAUGACUCGCAGUUCAAAGCAGUUGUCUUCAACUCUACAGGAGCUUCGCACACGAUCAUCGGCUCGCCUGUCGCGUCAAACGGAAGAGCCCGACUCUCCACUCAAUGUGAAACAUACCGCAUCGCAUUCACAAAAAGUACCGCCAUAUCCAUCCAAAUCAGCAGCCAGCCAUCCAUUCCUAUUACAACCGCUUGUCAUACAAUUUAACAUUCUGUUACAAAGUCUAUCGGUCACUGCAGCAUUGUUGCCAUCACUGCAAGCCCAAUACAAAAUGGAUCAUGUGAGUUCCGCUGGCGUGAGCGGAAACAAAGCGAAAUUCACCAUCGAUUUGCCGAAUCAUUUAUUGAGUUUCACUACAAAAGUGCACGGAAGUGAAGCGAAUAAUUUACCAUCGGAAGCGUGUAUCGCUUUGCCAGAGAUUCACGUCAGUGCCGAAUACAUUCCAGAAAAUGCACCACAGGACAUUCCAAUCGACGGUGUAGUUUUACGACAAGGCGGCUAUGUGGCUGCUUCGGCUGAGAUCGGUGACUUUGAACGGUGUUUGACGACGGAUUUGUUGAAUCAUUUAGUGUUUGUGCAGAAGGUCUUCAUGCGGGAGGUGAAUGAAGUCGUGCAAAAAGUUUACGGCGGUGAAAAACCGGUUCCAAUUUGGCUAGACGACAAUGACGAGAAUGGAGGCUCAUCAAUCAAAAGGAUUCUAUUUUCACUGAACAUUCGUGUCAAGCGCAUCCAACUAACAGCAACAACGCCCUGUUCAUCGGCCGUUCGUUUCGAGACCGGCCAGCUGGAAUUGCAUCUGUCGAAUCGCGUAAAGAAUAUAGCUGAAGGUGCCAACACAAAGUUGUUCGGCAAAGCACAAAUUGAUUUCAAUCUGUCGUUGGGUCAGAUCAUCAAAAAUGUUAUGUUCGAUGAAGCCGAACCGGAGUUCCAGCAAUAUGCGUUCUUUAACACAACCAUUGGAUUGCGGAAUGCAUUCCAAGACGAAAUGUUGAACGAUGACAAGGAACUGGUGCUGAUAACGCUGAAACGGCCACUGAUUUACAUACAGCCGGUUGCCGUUGAUAAAGCGAUACUCGUGUGGUUGAACUAUAAAAACGCGUACGAGUAUUGGGCCGAGAAGAGAGCCAAUUUGAACAAGGAAGUCCUUACGGCGACACAACAAGUCUUCCAGAAAAUGCCAUUCGGACAGUUUAGUCAACACCUGGGCGCCAACAAUUUGUCAACACUGUUUUUACAACUGACCGUGGAAGAUAUGGGAAUCUGUCUGCCACUUAAUCCAUUGCCAUUGUCGUCAUGGCCGUCACGUUCGUAUCAAGAUUUCGAACCUAGAGGCGCUGUUGUCAUUACACUGGAAAAUACCAUAAUUUCCGCCUGCAAUUCUGGUUCGCUGGUAUCGACCGGAAAGUUUUUCGGACUUUGUCUGAGAUUCGCCGAUGAUUUCGAGACAACGUUGGAUGAUUGGAAACCGAGCUCGAAUGAUGCAAGCAUCAAUCUUUGCAUCGUAUCAGAGGGAACGUAUGAAGUUUGCUCAAGAACUAUUGCGGCUAAACAUCUCGAAAACGCCAAAUGGAUUCUAAAUGUUAAAUGGCAGAUGGAAGGCGUUGAUAUUCACUUGGACGUUAAUGUUGGCAAGUAUCUAUCAGCUCUUGGACAUACACUGACUACUCUUUCCGGUUUCGAAGAAGAUGAAACAACUGUGAUCGAGAGUCCGGACAGUGAUGAGGGUGAUCAGGUGGAUGAAUCACUGAAAGAAACCGUACAGAAAAAGCGAAAGACUCUGGAAAAUCUACCCGCAUUCCUAUUCGAUCCGACAUUGGACUCGAAGAAGCGCUCACUGAUGAUGGAAACAGAAAUGAACGAGCAGCUGAAAAUUAUAAACGAUCUAAGGACAUUGGGUGCUUCACGGGCCACUGUCGGUACGGAAGAGAGACGCCUACAAGAACUACAAGCACUGUGUUAUCGUUACUUCCGGCGAGAUAUGAUUCAGAAAUGGAAACGGCCGAUGCGGCGAUCAAUGUUAAAAUCGACUCAUCGCUCGCAAUCGUUCGUUGUUCAAUCACCCGAUCGUGAUGAUGUUGAUGCUGAAAUUGGAACGUUGGACACGAUUUUCGCUACUGAAAGUGAACUGGGAAGUGCUCAUAGUUCGCCCAAAUCUGGCCCGUCGCGAAGUGCUUCGUUGAAAAUUCGCGGUAAUCAAACACAACGCGUUGCAUUUUCCGAUACGAUGCGACAGUCGUCUUUACCGAGCGCUGAUUCCGAAACGGGCGGUGGAGGCUUUCCAAUUAGCGAUUGGAGAGAGGAGGCUGAGUAUUCCGAUCUUCAAAUUCUUGAAGUUGAUGGUGAACAGGUUGAACUUCGGAAAAAGAGUCCCAAUCAUCCGCAGAAGCAAGAGCCGAACAUAGACUUUGAAUUGGACAUUAAGGUGCUCGUUAAUUCCGGAAAAUGCGUUCUACACACAAAGGAUCUCAACGACGAAAAGCUCAAUGUAACGACUGGAGUGAAACAACACAAACGAGAACGAAGCAUUGGAACCGAUUUUGGAUCACCGAUACCGUCACGUCGAAACAAAGACAGAACUCGUCUUCGAUACAAUGCCAUGAAUGCUGUCCUGGUCGAUUUAACCAUUUUUCACAUCCCUGGUCUGGACGUCAAGCUUCAUUAUGAUUCGAGAACAAUCUCGGACGACUCAUCUCCUAGGUUGAGUACAUGCGAAUCAUUUACCGGCACCAAUGCUGUCAAACGUUUGGGUUCGAAGAGAGCAUCACUUUUCGCUGCAGUGACAUUGCAAAGUGUUCCGGAAGAGACAAUCAUUUCGCCACACAUAUUGGAGUUCCUCGAGCAAACACUCGAACCGAUUCCAUUCAAAUCCGAAAUUUCCACCAAUCCCGUCAACAUUGACUUGCUGCAGGAAAACUACGUUCAAUACGCUUCGUUUCCAGUCGAUGUUAUCGUCUAUUUCCACAUGCAACCGUCGACCUUCCGUUUCAGUUGCUUACCAGUUUCCCGUGUAGAAUGUAUGCUUCAAUUACCAUCGCUGGACAUAGUUUUCAGUUCGAAGCGGCAAGACGACGACCGAUUUGUUGAUUCGGAUAAAACGGCAUCGGGCGGACUGAGUGUCACAGGUUGUUUGGCCGAUUUCAACGUAUACAUUUUCCAUCCUUACGGUGGAAAGAAGACCGGAUUCAAAGAAGCUCAAUUCUCCCCGUUGGCAGACAGCGAAAGAAAGGAUUCGCUCAGCAUAAACGUUGAGUUUGUUAAGUUUCAUUUGACUCGGUCGCGCAAGAUGAACUUCGAACACCAUGGUAGCUUCAAGAAACCUGGCGAACAAUCUCGGGCUGUCAUUCGAUUCUCAACAAUCGUUGACAUUGGAAGUGCCUCAUUCAAAUAUGAUAUGCGACGUUUGACUGAAAUCUUAGCCUUUCCGAAGGCAUGGUACCGUCGGCGUAUUGUCAGACGUCUGUUUUUGGGAGAUUUAAGUGUUCCACAGCCUAGUAGUGGCGACAUUGAUGGAUCAAAAAGUUCUGCUGCAGACAAAUCCAAUGAGAAAGAUGCAAAGAAAACGUCUUUGCUGAGCGGAAACCGUGAAAAAUUACGACUGAGCUUUGAGAAUGAUGUGCCCAGCCAUGCAAAACUGAAAGACACAACCAAUUCAUCUAGCUUCGAUUCGAACGCUUCGCCUUCCGAUUUGAAUCAGAAAAUUGCCUGGGAAACAUUGGUUCUGUUUGCGUUCAAUUUCACCAAAUUGAAUGUGCAGAUGAACAUGGGCAACGUCAUGGGAAAUGUGAUCUGGUUGACAAAGGCUUUUCGAAGCGAUGGACGCUUGAGUAUCGGCAGCACUGGUCACAAGAAUAUGCGAAUCGGUGUCGGCUUGGGCGGAUCAGCAUUGGAUGCAAAAGGUGGAAUUGUUGGCGGUACAUUCGAAUUGAACAAAAUCGACACAUUCGUUCACAUCAGAGAAGAGCCGGGCGUUGAGCCACAUCACACAGUUGGCAUUAAAUUGUUGGCGCUUGAGCUCCGGUUAGACUACAUGGGAACCAGUGUGUUGAUGACCCGAAUCAGUGCGCUCAAUGCCACAUUGCGCGACGAAUGGAAGUGUUCGAAAGAUGCACCGAACAGGGCUGGUGGUACGAUCAUUUUGAUUCACGGCGAUUUGAGUUGGGAUCAACUGCAAAUUAUGAUUUCCAAGUCAACGACCGCAGACCUUCUGAAGAUGUUCUACAAACUGGAAGAAUUUUUCUCGCAGCAAUUCAAGUCGUCCAAAAGAGUGUUCUCCAGUUUGGAGCCACGACUGGGACAGAAUAACCGCCGUUCGAACAGUAUGUCGAAAAAGCUGAAGAAACUCAGUUCUGUUAACGGUCCAGAUUAUCAAUCGUCGGCGAGAGACAGCUGUCUGCAAGACGCUAAACACCAUCGUCACUGGCAGAAACCGUUAAAUCAAGCAAUGGGCUUGAUUCUGUCCACGAUAUCUACACCGUUACCGAAAUCUGGCACCGUGCUGGGUGGGACAAUGGAGUUGCAUGGACUGAACAUAUCACUGGCCUGCUUCCAUGGAGUUAACUUCAAAGCAAAAUCAUGGGCUCUAUUCAGUCUACGUGAUCCAUGCAUCAAUUUUGCCACCGAAGCUCAGCUCGUGAAUACGUCACAGGAAGUGCAUGUAGUACAGACACUAACGUUCGGCCUAGGUAUGAAUACAACCGCAACAACACAACAGAAUCACUCUAUGGCAACAGUUUGUCGAAUGACACGCACGAUCAUCUUCCCGCCGCAGUUCAAGACGCUGCAUGAAUGGUUCCACUAUGCGUUCGCCAACAGUGAGAUUGACGGCGUUGAUCGGUUUCCGGUUCUGGAGCGUAAGGAACCGAACACCAAUUCCAUUGAACGGGUCAGGGCACAACUGUCGUCUGGACCGAAUAACAUAAAGCUGCAAGACCACAACCACAACCGAGAGGUCGUCUUUGCGUUGCCUAGCUUACGGCUUCAUUUUAAAACCGAACACAUUCAAGGACCUAAUACACCGGAGUCAACAGAAGAGAAGCCGGUGGUCAAGUGCAGCUUCAUCACCGAAUUCGAAGAUCACAUAUUUGUCACUGUCGAUGCGGAUGCGUUUUUCUUCCUUCACGAUUUGAUUUCGUCCUACAUCAAGGAAAAGGAUCGUGUGCUUGGAACCCAGAAUGUCCGAUCAGCAUCACCAAACCCAUCCGGUAUGAAUCCGAACGAUAAACCAUCCACCGCCGACCCGGCAUUCCAUAAGAAUGUCAAUUCGAGCACCGAAAAUCUGCAAUCAAAAAUGAAUUCGAAGACAAUGACCGACAAGCUGGACAAAAUGGAUAUUGAUGCGUUUCUGCGGGAGAAAGAUUGGCGUCGGUUCGAUUGCACGACGUGGCACUUGGAACCGACCGUGCGACUACUGUCAUGGGCUGGAAAAUCAAUUGAACCGUACGGCAUCGAUUACAUAUUGAACAAACUCGGCUUCAGUCACGCGCGAACAACGAUACCGAAGUGGCUGCAACGUGGCUUUCUGGAUGGAAUGGAUAAAUUGGAAGCUCUUUUGAUCAUUCAGUUGUUGUCAUUAGUUAAAGACGAUCGAAGUUCGGUGGCUAAUGAGAAAUAAACUGGAGACCGGACGCUAGUCACAAUGUAGAGAAUACAGGGAGGGCUGUGCGCAGAGCGUAUUUUGUAUGUUUGCUUGUAUCUUAUGUUUUGCGAAUGGAAACGUUGUCGGUGAGAAUAGUUUUGUCAACGUUUUGUCACUAUGAUUCCAAUAAACAAAAUUAUUUAUUUGAGUUUUAA